CAUGCACUGUUUUUAUUUUUCAGAUUUGUGACUCUAGCUCUUUACACUUCCAGGAUGUCGUCUCUUCUUGCUGUUUUUAUUGAUACAAAUACUCCAGGCAUUAUCAGCUCCCUCUCUUCCACUUUCUACACCCCUUGGAUGGAGGUUAGGGAGCAGCUACAAAGGAAGAGAACUAAGGGAUGCAUGUCUCACAGAGUAGCUGUGCUCCUAGUGUGGGGGGAGGUGAUCAGGAAGCACUGCAGAGGGACUUGUUCUAUGCACAAUUGCCUGUAACCAACAAAAAUUGAAGUAAUUUCUCCCUUCAGGCUCUGUGGCAUCUCCAAGCUGUGUUCCCAGAACUCCCUCAUCUUGUGAGGUGAAUAAGGAGACAACUUAGGGAGAUGAAACGAAUGGAUUUCCCAGCAUACUUUGACCCCUCCAAUCACAGAUUUUUCUGCAGGAAGAUUAUGCCCUGCUUGAAUUUCAAAGCACUCUACAAAGGAGGUCAGUAUCAUCAUCCCCAUUGAACAGAUGGUGAAACCAUUACCAGUUAAAGAUGUGGGGUCUCUGACUAGAUAUGACACACCUGACAUCACUGAUUGGCAAAAUAAAUUGACUCCAGAACAGUUCUAUAUCACGAGAGAAAAAGGAACUGAACUGCCAUUUACUGGAAUCUAUCUGAAUAACAGAGAUCCAGGAAUGUGCCAUUGUGUAUGCUGUAAUGCCCCAUUGUUCAGUUCAGAGACGAAAUACAAUUCUGGCACCGGAUGGCCUUCAUUUUCGGAAGCUUUUGGUGCAUGUGGUACAGAUGAAAGCAAUACCAGUAUCCUGAGGUGUCCAGAUACCUCACUGGGAUCAACCAGCAUGGAAGUCAUUUGAAAACAGUGUGAUGCCCAUCUUGGUCAUGUGUUUGAUGGUGGUCCCAGACCUUCUGGACAAAGGUUCUGUAUGAACAGUGUUUUGUUAACCUUUAAACCAAGCUUAGACUAGUAGGAGAAGGAUCUUUAAGUGCAAU